AGGAAACACUUUAAUUUGUGUAGUGGGAAACUUUCUUAAAAUCAUAACUUAGUGCUACUUUGUACUUCUACUCCACUACAGUUCAGAGAGCACCAUGGCCCCGGGUUCUCUGGUGGCCGCCGUCCGCAUCCUGGCUCUUUCCUUCUGCUUCGUCCACCUGCUGUGUCUCGACUUCACUGUGGCCGAAAGAGAGGAGUGGUACACGGCCUUUGUAAACAUCACCUACGUGGACCCGGCCACCUCGGAGCUCCGGACUGAGAAGACUGAGUGCGGUCGCUACGGCGAGCACAGCCCGAAAAAAGAAGCCAGAGGGGUGGUGGUUCUUCCCGGAGCUCCACAGGACCGGCAGGCCUGCGACCCAAACACCCGCUUCCUGGUGCCCGGUCCGGCCGCCUGGGUGGCUCUGAUCUCCCGGGGAAACUGCACCUAUAAGGACCAGAUCCGCCAUGCAGCCGCUCAAAACGCGUCCGCGGUGGUGAUCUUCAACGUGGGCUCCAUCAACGCCAACGAGACCAUCACCAUGCCCCAUCCAGGUACAGGUGAUCUCCUGGCCAUCAUGAUCCCGGAGCCUAAAGGUCGGGAGGUCGCGGCGCUGCUGGAGCGCAACGUGACGGUAACCAUGACGAUCACCAUCGGCACCAGGAACCUGCAGAAGAACGUGAGCCGAACCUCGGUGGUGUUCGUCUCCAUCUUCUUCAUCGUGCUGAUGAUCCUCUCCUUAGCCGGGCUCGUCUUCUUCUUCAUCCAGAGGUUCAGAUACGCCAACGCACGGGACCGCAACCAGGUGAUCAAGCAGAGCUGCGUGUCGACUCGUCAGCAGAAGCUGAUCUCUCUCCCGUCAGAUUAGACUUCACUCGCGUUUAUGUCCAUAUCGAUCAGAUCCAGCUAGUUCUAGCUAAUGAUAUAGUGGAGUCUAUUUUUAUAUAACAUUACAAGAGUGAUUGUUAUUAUUACAUGAUAUGCUUAUUGUGCUCAUGAGAUGUUGCUAUAUGACUAUAAACUAAAUAGACACAAUCACCAGUCCCAGGUUCUGAUGUGUUGGAUACGAAACAAAGGGAAAAGUCAUAGAAGGAAGUUUUAGCUUGCAUUAUAAAUGUUGCAAAAGCCAGGUGCAGACACCGUAGAGACAAUGAGUUACUGAGGCUCUGGCCUUGGCCGUGUGUGUGAGCUCCUCGCCUACGCAUAACUGGGAAUCGGCAUAAUGGAGGAUUCCUCUAUCUAUUGUAGAAGCUUUAGCAAAACAAAUUAGGUAGGAUGGCGACUAGAGUAGGGAGGGUCCUUCACCGGCCGGCCGAAUGCUGAUUGGAGUUCGUGUUGCCAAGAGACUUUGUCUAAGUCUGUGCACCAACCAGGGAGGCCAAAGUCUAAACCACGGUCCUCCCCUUCUAGUCUCAACCAAUCAUAAAUGUACGGGCAGAGCCCUGAAUAAUAAAAAUGUAUGCACGCACGAGGUUCAAGGCUUUUUUCCGGAAAUAGAGUUACAGAUUACAGCUCUGCUGCCUGUGAUUUCUAUGAGCUGACGGAGUCCUUGGCCAAGUGAAAUAUAUCUGUUGCUCUCUUUUAAUAAAUAGAUAAACU